AUGGACAAACUGGACCAUCUAUUGAUACGCAGUACGGCCCACCAUCGUCAAGAGGCAAUGGGCAAGGUCCACAAGGUUUUGGCUCUCAACAAGGUCCUGGUAACUUUCAAGGUGGUCCACCUGACUCACAAUACGGUCCUCCAGGACGUGGUAAUGGCCAAGGACCAAAUGGAAGGGGCCCAGGUGGACGAGGAGGCCCUGGUGGCUCUAACGGUGGCCGAGGCCGACCUCAAUCGUCAUACGGUCCACCCGGAGCACAGGGUGGAUCCAACGGUGGAGGGCCAGGCUUCGGUCAAAGACCCGACAGUUCCUAUGGUCCCCCGCCAACUGGAGAUUUCCAAUCUUCAGCCAAUGGUCAGUCAGGCAACCAGCGGCAAGGAUCUCAAAGUGGGCCCGACUCUAGCUAUUUGUCGCCUAGCGCUGGGUCUCAAGGUUCUGCCGGUGCUGGUGGGUUCAACGGCAACGGCGGUCAACCAUCAUCAUCAUAUGGUGUGCCCGGCUUUGGUGGCGGUCCUGGUGGUUCUGGAGGUCCUGGCGGAAGAGGCAAUGGUCGUGGAUCUAACUAUGAUGAUGGACAAUCUAAUUUAUGAGGUGGACGACGCUCAGACAGGUACUAAAUUUGGUCAUUCUGAGCAGCGUGAUGGCGACCUGGCCACUGGGGAGUAUAACGUAGUGCUGCCCGAUGGCAGGCGACAGGUUGUUGAGUACGAGGCCGGCCUGCAAGGAUACAUGCCUCAGAUCCGAUACGAGGGUUGGUUCUUUGUUUUGGAGGCGCAGGAGGGCAAGGCGGGGCUCAAGGUGGGGGUCAAGGCUACCCACAAGGUGGUCCCGGUGGCAAUUUCCCUGGUGGUGACAAUGGAUAUCCAAGUUCAGGGCAAGAUCAGUCAGGAAGUCUUGGGCGUUACCAAGAAGGCGGUUUUGGUCAGGGCGACUCAGGAAGCCAAGGAUUUAUGGGCUACCCUAGUGGGAGACCAGGUGGAAAUGGACGGAAUGGAAAUGGCCGAGGACCUAGCCAAGGAGGCCAAUCAGGUUCUCAGUUCCCAUCAGGUUCAAGGAAUGGAUAUCCCAGUGGUGGUCCUCAAGGUGGUCGUGGUUUCCCAGGUGGUGCUGCGGGAGGUAACGGCGGUUUCCCAGGUGGUGCUUCGGGAGGUAACGGUGGUUAUUCCAGUGGUGGUCCUUCGGGAGGUAACGCUGGUUAUCCCAGUGGUGGUCCAGGAGGAAAUAGUGGAGGAUUCCCUGGAGGUAAUGGAAACAACGGCAAUGGUUAUCCAAGUGGACCUCAAGGGGGCAGAGGUGGACCUGGUGGCCAGAACGGUGGUAGAGGACGUGGUGGAUCUCAAAAUGGUGGAAAUGGAGAAGAAGGCUACCCAAGCGGUGGACCGAGUGGACCACGAGGAUCUGGAUAUUAAAAAUGUAACAACGAUACUCUUUAACGAUAGAAAUAAAACGCUUCAGAGGUAG